AUGUGCGCUAGUCUAGACGAGAAGGGGAAGACUGAUGCUUGUGGGGUCCUGCAAAGAAGUUACAAUAACUUUCGCGCGGAGAAUGAAGGUUCACUUCAUGGCAGUAAAUCGAUGCCCGUUAGCAUGAAAAGUAUGUUACAGUCCCCCACGAUGAUCAAUAUGUGUGAAAUUUUGCAGAAUAAGGAAGUUGCCGACGACGAAAAAAUUGUGAUACCCAAUGUGCCAACAGUUAUUGCGAAGACUGGUGUUGAAGGUACCAACUUCAAUCAGCCGGAGGAAACUGAUCUUAAGUAUCACCGUAUUGCGUUAGAGAUCUUGGAAGGUACUUUCAAGGAUGUACCGUACAAGGAAUAUGCGAAUUUCUUGGGGAAUGAGAGUAACCAUCCAAUUUUGGCUGAGUUCAUAAAAUCAUUCGGGCCUCUGCCAUUAUCAUUAUUAGAGGCACUCUACAAUUUAUCGGGAAGUAUAUAUUUCAUCGCAGAAGCGCAGAACAUUGACAGAAUACUGGAGUGCUUGAGUAAAGAAUGGACGUCUUGCCAUCCAGAUACCUGUUGGAAAUCAGGCUAUAAAUCAUGCCAUAUCGUUUUAUUUUCCCUGUUGAUUUUGAAUUCAGAUCUGCAUAACAAUUUUCAAGUUGACCAUAAAAAGACUAAAUUUUCCAUGGUUGCAUUUAUCAACAACACACUGAGGGCAUUGAGAGAGGAAAAUGAAUACGAAAAGUUGCGUAUCUUCUCCAACGAGCAUUUGAUCAUCGAGGAACUCUCGGAAUACUAUAAGACGUUAAAGGAGACACCCUUACCGCUAUUUGCGGGAUCCAGAAUAUCAACGACCACAGCUGAUAACCAGUAUUCCUUGAAAAGAUUGUCUACUCUCGAGUCGCGAGAGUAUAGUCCGUCAAAUUUACGUAGUAUAAACUCUAACUCCACCACACUAUAUUCAAGAGACGCUCAAGUAUCUGUGCGAGAAAUGAGUGCCAAAUCAAAUAAAAGCUUUCAUACUAAUCAGCCCAUGCAAGCACUCUAUCUUAAGGAGUCAUUUGAUGAAGAUUUAAUUACUGAGAACGGUUCCAGUUGGUUCAUGGACGGUUUAAUUUAUGUAAGCAAGAAAUCCUUACCACGAAAAUAUUCCAAGAGGGACAAAGAUCAAGUGACCACACCGAAGGUGACGUCCAAGAGAAACAUAUCGUUUUUUGGGUGGCUGAAACAAUCUAAAACUGCGACGCUUAUUGACAGCACAUCUCGGAAGACUUCUCUAUCAUAUUUGAGUAAGGAUUCCGAAUGGGAAAGGGUGAAGAUACAGAUAAGAGAGGGCCGAAUGUUUAUUUUCAAAAUCAGAUCAGACAUAAGGGAUGUUAUUAGAUCCAGCGGAACAGAUAGUGCCACUAUAGGCUAUUUCAAAGAUAUUAGCAGUUCUUAUUUUGCUUACUCGCUGCUUGAAGCUGAAGCACAAGUCGUGCAAGAUAAUAUAAUCAUUGGCAGCAGGGCAAUUAAGUCAAAUUUUACGAGUAAAAAUACUAAAAGGAAGAAGGGAAACUUCACUGUAAGCUUCCCGGAAGAUAUUAAUGGACCAAAAAUUGUCUUAGAAUUCCAAACCAAAGAUGUUGAAGAAGCCCACAAAUUUAUGCAAUGCAUCAACUUCUGGGCGGGUAGAAUUUCUCCUGUCCCCCUGACACAAUUUGAAGUAGUAUCUAAUGCAGAAUAUGGGUGGAGCGACAAGAUCCUUAAUGAGCAUACUUCUCUUGAUCUAAAAAGUAUCCUAAUAAACGAAUGGAAGCCACUAUUAGGGAUAGAAUUACUAUGCGAAGAUACAAAGGAUAUGGAGAUGUUCAGAUUGAAAGAAAGGCUGAAAGAAUUAAUGGACUUCACUAAGCAGCUGGGAGUGUGGAUAGAUAGGCACAAUGAAAUCAAAGAAAUGCUACUUGAAAUUUGGAGUUUUGACGACACCUAUUUUGAGAAAGUUAUGAAUAAUUGGAAUUCCAAGUACUUAUACAUGAAUAGUCAGUAUAAGAAACGACUGAGCUACCUAAAAGCUUUACAAAAAGCGAUGGGUUCUGUUCAGUACUAG